AUGGAGGAGCAGGAAUCGCGAUUGUUCGAAAGGGAAGUUCGUAAAGCUUGUUCGAUGCAAGAGCUUUUAGGAAUGGGCAUAGGAUUGUUUCAAGGAGCUACGAACUUUUUCUUGAACGGGAUAGUCUUAUCCGUCCUAUACGGUGGUUCAUCUCUUAUAAAAGAAGGAAAAAUGACCCCUGGAGAACUGAUGGCAUUCCUCGUCACCGCUCAAACGAUUCAGAGGUCACUAAGUCAGCUUUCGCUAGUGUUCGGUACUGCACUCAAAGGAUGGACAGCUGGAGCGCGAGCCUUCGAGUUCGUUAACCUGCAUCCGACCAUACGAAAUGACGACGGUGUUUGUAUUCCAUAUCACUCGCUUGUGGGGAGGCCAGAGCAUAAUGUCUUCGAAUGUUUGAACCUGACAAUACCAGCGGGUCAAGUAGUUGCAUUGUGCGGACCAAGCGGAGAAGGUAAGAGCACCAUCACUUCGUUAUUGGAGCGAUUCUAUGAACCGAACCGCAUGGUUAUUGGAUUGAUUUCACAAGAGCCUGUGCUAUUCGGUACUAGUAUUGAAGAAAACAUUCGCUACGGCAGGCCUUCAGCGACAGAUUUUGAGGUUCUGCAAGCGGCCAAGCUCGCAAAUGCUCACGAAUUCAUUUCCAACUUCCCCGAUGGAUACAAAACUGUCGUUGGAGAGCGAGGCGCACAGCUUUCUGGUGGCCAGAAACACAGAAUAGCGAUUGCUAGAGCUCUACUUAAAGACCCUCCGAUUUUGGUCCUUGAUGAAGCUACCAGUGCUCUGGAUACGGAAAGCGAGCGCCUAGUGCGCGAAGCCUUGGACCGAGCCAUGAGAGGUCGUACCGUCCUGGUGAUCGCUCACAGACUGAGCACCAUAAGAAAUGCUGAUCUGAUAUGUGUUAUCAAAGAUAGAACGGUACGAGAGCAGGGUACGCAUGAUGAGCUAGUCCAUAAACAGGGUUACUAUUACAAUCUGAUAAAAUCGCAAUUCAACGGUGAUGGAGCGUAA